AUGCCAUUUGACAAGAUACCAUUAUGGCUAGACUGCGAUCCAGGCUACUCACAUUCUCAGGAUGCAUGUGCCAUCUUGAUGGCAGCAUACCACCCAUGUUUCGAGCUCCUGGGCAUCUCGACAGUGCACGGCAACGCAUCACUGCAAAAGUGCACGAACAAUGCCCUCAGCGUCCUCGAGGCCAUAGGCAAACCCGAGAUACCCGUCGUCCCAGGCGCUUCCCGGCCCUUCUGCCGCACAGUCAAUACGGCACCUGACAUUCAUGGAGAAAGCGGCCUGGCCGGCACGUCGCUACUGCCCCAACCGUCACGAGUGGCCCUGUCGCAUUGCAAUGCAGUCAAAGAGAUGCGAGACGCUCUUCUCGCAAAACCCAAGGGCACCUCGUAUCUGGUCACUUGCGGCCCGCUCACCAAUGCCGCUCUCCUGUUUGCAACGUUUCCCGAGGUCGCGGAACACAUUGCCGGCUUCUCAGCCAUGGGCGGUGCCAUCGGGUCCAACUUCACAAACGUCUCCAUGGGCCCAGCAUAUCUCGAUCCACAAGGCGUCUCUCACGACCGGAGUGGCAACAUGACACCUUUCGCCGAGUUCAACAUCUGGGUAGACCCAGAAGCGGCUCGGUCAAUACUUCAGAACCCAGUGCUGCAGCCUAAGACCAUAUUGAUCCCGCUGGACCUCACACACCAAGCCUAUGCCACUCCGGAGGUCCAAAAAAUGCUUCUCAACCACGGAAACCCAUCGCGGUUACGCGUAAUGUUCAAUGAGCUUCUGAUGUUCUUCGCUCAAACCUACGCUCAAGUAUUCGGCUUGACCGAGGGACCACCCCUGCACGACCCUCUCGCCGUGGCCGUCUUGCUGGACCAGCACCCGGACGAGGACGCGAGGAUAGCAUUUGACGACAAAGGUGGUGAGAGAUGGGACGUGGAUGUCAUCCUGGAAGGUGAACAGGUUGGCCGUACCACCAUCACGAAAGCACCUUCAGGCCAGGGCGUGCGGAUACCCAGGUCCCUCGAUGCUGAUAAGUUUUGGCAUGUGCUGGAAUACUGUAUGGGCAGGGCAGAUGAAGCCACGAAUUUUGGCAAAGCUACUACAUCCAAGUAG